AUGUCUUCACAAGAGUUUGUUAGUGCCCUUGCAAGCGCUGAGCCUUGCCAUUUUCCAUGCCUUGUCUCUGAACGGAUCUCAAUACCCGCCAUCAAAACAUAUUCGUCGUGGAUGUCUGUGCCCAAAGCCUUGCUAGAGCAGUCAGCCGAUCAAAAAUUAGGUGGCAACUACCUGUGCGCAUUUGCGUUUGCAUUGCUGCUUAAAGCUUACACUCGAGCUAAUAGUAUAUCAUGCGGUUUUUUGGCUUGCUCGGAAUUGAGCACAGAAGGUGUCCCGAGGCCGUCGGUCGCUGCUCAUAUUCUCAGGAUGGACUUCAAUGAGAGGAUUACGGCAUCUGACAACUUCAAGAACCUGGCCUGCACUCCUCUAACUGGACAGAACGGAAAGAUGAUCGAAAUGCAACUUCGAGAGCUUGAGACUCAGCAUGGUUUCAAACACUUCAACGCGACUCUGUGUCUCACGCGCGCUGCUAUGCAUGGCCUGCGGUUAGAGAAUGUUUUCGAUAGCGAAAUGGUGCUCCAAGUUGAAAGUGAUAUUCUAGCAGCCGCCUCUGGCGAUAAAACCAAGGUUAAUCUGCACUUCAGCACAUCCUUACUGGAUGAGUGGUGCGCACAAAACGUUCUCUCUACAUUCGAAAGCAUUCUGAAAGCCAUUGCCAACAAUAUGAAUUGUCUUUUGAAGAGUCUCAAUCUUAUCGGUACUCGUGAUGAGCAGCUUAUCCAUUCCUGGAAUGCCAGGGUACCACCCAUUGCCAACCAGACCUUGAACGAACAUUUCGAGAAAGUUUUCAAUGACAACGCGGAGAAGGAAGCAGUGUAUACCUCCGACGGCUGUUUUACCUACAGAGAGCUGGAUGACCUUAGUACCGUGCUUGCAAUUCGCUUAAUGAAACUUGGCCUCCUCCGGAACAUGGUCGUCCCAAUAUGCAUGAAUAAGAGCAGAUGGGGCACAUGUGCGAUGAACGGUGUUUGGAAAGCAGGCGGUGCCCUGACAUCCAUGGAUCCCACACAUCCAGAUGAUCGCUUGUUUGCAAUCAUUAAAGAGGUGGGAGCUAGGAUUGUUAUUAGCGAUGAAGCUAAUGCAUCGAGGUUUAAAAUACCUGGCGUUGAGGUGAUCUCGGAUCUAGAACAGCUUCCCCAGCUCCUCGGAGCCGAAGGCCUCUCCGUUAGUCGACACGAUGCAUGGCGCAUGGCUGGUGUAAGCCCCAAUGACCUAGCCUUUGUAGCAUUUACUAGCGGUAGUAGUGGUAAGCCCAAAGGUGUCAUGCAUACUCACAAUCGCUUGACGUCGGAACACCUCUCCUAUGGAUGGAAUAGUGAAUACAAAGAAGCAAGAGUUCUACAGUUUGCUUCUUAUGCCUACAUCGCAAGUGUCGGGGAAAAUUUUCGUACUUUGCUCCAUGGCUCAACUUUAUGCGUUCCGUCCGAUACUGAGCGAACAUCUAAUCUUGAGGGAUUUAUCAAUCAGUCGAGAUCAACUCGAUCUUAUAUGACUCCGUCCCUAAUUCGAACUAUUAACCCCGAGAAUGUCCCAAGCUUGAAGUAUCUAGUGGUUGGUGGUGAGCCUGUGGAUCGCGACCUUGAAAAUAUUUGGGCUAGUCAUGUCCACUUUAUACAACUCUAUGGUGCUAGCGAAGGUGGAUUCAUGAUCAAAGAUGAGAAUAAUCGCAACUAUCAAGGUAAAGGGUUGCGCGCUGUUGGCGGCCUUUCGUGGCUCGUUGACCCUCAAGAUGUGAAUAAACUUGUGCCUAUAGGCGCAGUGGGCGAAAUCGUUUUUGAAAGUCAUGAGCUAGCCGCUGGAUAUUUGAACGACCCAGAGAAAACUGCCAAAACUUUUAUCAAUCCUCCUACAUGGGCUCAAAAUCGGGAGACCGCUAGGGGUUGCAGGUACCUACGGAUGGGCGACAUGGGUAGAUAUGAGACAGACGGUAGUAUAUCGAUUUACGGACGGGCAGAUACUCAAGUUAAGAUCCAUGGACAGCGUGUUGACUUACAGGACAUUGAGUCCAACCUCCGUAUUCUUUUGCCGCCUCAAUCGGAUGUCGUUGUUGAGCUAGUGAAGCCGUUCGAUGCGCCGGAUUUACCCCUUUUGACAGCUUUUUGUUGUCUAGCAUUAGGGAAUGUGAGUGAUAGAGACCCAGGCCAAUACCCUGAUACUCGUCAAUCGAUUUCAAAGGUUCAAACAGGGCUCGAGAAAUAUUUACCUUUGCACAUGGUUCCCAGAGCAUUCGUCAUUCUUGAGCGGCUACCACAAAAUUCAUCAAACAAGACGGAUCGCAGAAAGCUCCGGGAUGACGCAAGCAAGCUAGGCUAUAAGUGCCUGAUCGCCUCUUCCUUUGGUGCUAGCAAAGUAGCUCCAGAGCCACCUGCAAAUGAUAAAGAGCAGACCGUAGCGGAACUGUGGUCAAGAGUCUUAUGUCAAGACAUUAAAAGCAUAAGAAGAGGGGACAGUUUUAUUGCUUUAGGUGGCGACUCACUCGCAGCUAUUAGGCUUGUCUCAGCAAUGCGCUCGAGGGGCCUUGAGUUGACCACGCAGAGCAUCCUGGGAUAUCCAGUUUUGAAAGACAUGGCUGCAAUCGCAAGAACGUUGCAUAUCGACUUAAAAGUUGCUGAUACGGUGACUAAGGAAAGCCAUGAGCUCUAUUCGCACCCUCCGAAUACCGAAAUCACUUUGAAAGCGACGGACUUUCAAGAAUGGGCUGCGUUUGUAGGCGCGCUCAAUGGAGGAUGGAUCGACCACUUUGCAUAUGACUUCCUCGGCAAACUUGACUUGGAAAGACUGAAGAUUAGUUGCAAGGCACUUGUUGAGACACACUCAAUUCUGAAGACAGUGUUUAAACUCAUUGACGGCAGGGUCUACGCGGAAAUCCAAUCCGGAUUUGACCCUAAGUUUGAAGUUCAUCAGACCACAAUUGAAGAUUUAGAGGGUGCAUGCAACAGAAUCUACGCCAGAGACCGGGUUUCGCCCCUGGGCAGCCCAAUUGUACGCUUUGACCUCAUCAAAGCGUCCUUGACUCGGCAUAGGCUCAUAAUGAAACUCUCGCACGCUCAAUAUGACGGUUUUUGCGCUCCAAUGUUUGGUCAAACCCUUAAACUACUCUACCUCUCACAGCAGAUACCCCAGGCAUUGUCAUUCUACGAAUAUGCUAGGAUAAUCCAGGAUCCAAAAACCAUCCACGAUGCAGAAGUAUACUGGCAAGCUUAUCUAGAAGGAAGCAAAAUGCCAAAUUUGGUAGAGCGACAUAACCCUGAAUCCCCUUUCAAAAAUACCUUAGAUGGAGAGCUCAAGUGUCAAGUGGAUGAGCCAAACCUGCAACAUUUUGAUAUCAAUACCGCAGCCAUCAUCAAGGCAGCCUGGGCUUUGACAAUCUCGGCACUAGCCCAGUCAACAGAUGUGGUCUUUGGAGACUUUGUGGGUGGGCGACAGGUAAAUAUACCCAGUAUUGAGACAGUCGUCGGCCCCUGCGUGAACUUUAUGCCAGUACGGGUCAAGAUAUCAAAGAGUCUAAGCAACCUAGAGCUCUUGAAGGCAAUUCAAGCAGAUCUAAUCUCAGCCAUCCCCCACGAAUCUUUGGGCUUCAGACACAUCAUUACGAAAUGCACGAAUUGGGGGAAGAAUGAGAGGUUCUCAAGCAUUGUCAACUUUAUCAAAGGCACAAUGGUGAAUUCUGAAAAAGAAACUUGGAUGACUGGUGAUGAUGAGAAUGGCCUUGAAGUUUAUCCUAUCUACGAGGAGCAACAACAUGAUAAGACAGACCUGUGGCUUCUGUGCCUGCCUGGGCCUUCGGAUUUGGUAUCAGAAUCCCAGACCAAUAACAGAAAGAAGGCGUUGCAACUGCACUUUCGAUACAGCACAAGAGUGUAUCAAGCUGGUGUCAUCAACCAGAUUGCGAGUUUAUACUGCAAAGUACUUAACUCUCUAGUAACUACUCUUGAUUUACCAGUAUCAAUACCGCUGAUCCCAGAUGAAGCGCGCGCAUCUCUCGUGCCCAUUUUGGAUUAA